CCGGGCUUUUACCCGCGGUCCUGCUUCAUCUGCAGCUUAUUAAGACCUGCGUGGAGUAAAUACUGAGUUUAUGCAUUACUGCAGCGGAGAAAAAAAGCCCAGGAUGGAGAUAAUUUAGCUGGGUUAGCCAGGCUAAGCUACGGAAGGGCUUCUGGCUGCAGGAAAUCCAUUCAUUCAGACAGGUCAGGACAGGUCAAGGGAAGGAUGGGAAGGCAGAGGAAGAGGAAUGUGACGGGUGAUGGAGUUCCUCACACACGGAAAGAGGAGAAACCCGCUCUGCCGAGUCGCAAGGAGAAAAAAAAGAAGACUGACAUCGGCAAGGUUUUCAUCAACAUCUCCAUCGCCUUGUGCAUUUUCAGCCUCGCCUGGUUCUUUUAUGCCCUGUAUAUGCGCUCAUCCUUGGCCAGGAGAGUAGUGACCCUGCACCCUUCAUCACGGGUUUUAGACUCGAAUAGCACCAGUGCUGCCGUGUCCCCGGAGAGGUUUUGGGGCACCUAUCGGCCACAGGUGUACUUUGGGAUGAAAACAAGAAGUCCAAGGUCUGUUGUGACAGGCUUGAUGUGGAUGCGUCAGUUCUCUGAAAUGGAUGUGAACCUUCGGCACACGUGCGAGCAGGGCGACCGCUUGCCGGGCUAUGGCUGGCUGAUGCACGACGGAGUCAACUUUGGUGUCCAGGAGAUCCAUGACAACGAUUUUACCCUCACAACAGAGUUUGUGAAGCGAAUGGGAGGGGAGCAUGGAGGCGACUGGACCUGGAGGAUCACUGCCAAACAGCAUAGCUCUGCCCCCCAAGCUCCUGUCAUCUCGCUGAUGUUCUACGCGGCUGCAGAUACUCAGGGUUCCCUGCAGGCUCACGUGGAAGAGAGAAGUCGUCUGAGUUCUGUCACCGGAACUUCGGAAGAACUCGGAAACUUCAAGAUCACUUUCCGCAAACCCACUGCUGGAGGGGCUGCUAGCGGCAAAUAUGCCAGCUAUAAUUACUUGCAGACGCUCAGCCCUGGACUUGACAGGCUGACAGACAUAGUAAAGAACAGCCUCAAUCGCAGGUUCGUUUUCCAUCCCCCGUCUGGAGAAAAAAGACCUUACAUCGCCGUGGAUUCUUACAAGCCUCCUCCCCACCAGCAGCAGCAACAACAGAAAGAUGGCCGCAUAGAGAGUGACUUUCUUGUGCAUCAGGUUACCGUCCAGACCCCCUUUCAGAUUGAGGUUUUGUUUGAGAGCGGAAGCUUUCACGACCGGCCCAACCAGCUGGUGGGCUCAGUCCUGACUGAAGAGCUGGAGAAGAGGAAGGUAGCUUUUGACGAAAAGUUUGAGACGACUUUUGGGCUUCAGACCAAGGGGUUCGCUCCAUCCCAGGUGAAGUUCAGCAAGGCUGCUUUAAGUAACAUGGUUGGAGGGAUGGGAUACUUCUUUGGGCAGUCUGUGGUCCAGUCUGUUUAUAAUGAGCACCCCUUGCUGUACCCUGAGGGUGCUUUGUUCACUGCCGUGCCCUCCCGCUCUUUCUUCCCAAGGGGCUUCCUGUGGGACGAGGGCUUCCACCAGAUUCUCCUGAACAGAUGGGACCCGCAGGUCACGCGGGAGGCUGUGGCACACUGGCUGGACUUGAUCAAUGUGGAAGGUUGGAUCCCACGUGAGCUGAUCUUAGGCGACGAGGCGCGCAGCAAGGUCCCGUCGGAGUUUGUGGUGCAGCGAAAUGAGAAUGCGAACCCCCCUACAAUGUUCCUGCUCUUAGAGGAGCUGGUUGAGCAACUGGAGACCCAGCGAGAUUUGCCACUUUAUGAGGAAACUCUAAAAUUCCUGCGCAGGCUCUUCCCCAGGCUGCAGACGUGGUUCGAGUGGUAUAAUACCACUCAGGUUGGUCCCUUGCCAAACUCGUACCGUUGGCGAGGCAGAGACAAGGACACCAACCUGUUCCUCAACCCAAAGACCUUAACGUCCGGACUGGAUGACUACCCACGUGCCUCGCAUCCGUCUACAGAAGAGAGGCACGUCGACCUGCACUGCUGGAUGGUGCUGUCGUCGAGGAUCAUGCGAAAUAUAGCUCAACUGCUUGGCGAGCCCCAUCAGGAGUAUGAGCGCACUCACCUAACACUGAACGACAACAACCUCCUGAAUGAGCUGCACUGGUCCGAACAGCACCGUGCGUUCUGCGACUACGGAAAUCACACCCAGGCUGUGUCGCUACAGCAGGAAAAAGUGUUCGUGCCACCUGGACAGCCGAGGCACCAGUUCCCAGUGGCACGUCUGGUGCGUUACGUACGUAAAGCUCCUAAGCUACAGUAUGUGAAUGCUCUCGGCUACGUUAGCCUGUUCCCCUUCCUGCUUCAUGUACUGACCCCUGAUUCCCCAAAGCUGCAACACGUGUUAAGGGACAUUCGGGAUCCCGACCGCUUGUGGACGCCCUACGGCCUCCGAUCGCUCUCUCGUGCAGAUCCCCUCUACAUGAAGCGCAACACUGAGCAUGACGCCCCCUACUGGCGUGGAGCUAUAUGGAUCAACAUCAACUACCUGGCAAUACGGGCACUGCACCACUACAGCAGCGUGGAGGGACCUUACCAAGAAGACGCUGCGUCCCUGUAUCAAGAGCUCAGGACUAAUGUCAUUAAUAAUGUUUACAAGCAGUACCAGGAAACUGGCUACAUCUGGGAACAAUACAAUGACAGCACAGGCAGGGGGCAGGGCAGCCACCCGUUCACAGGCUGGUCUGCUCUGACUGUGCUCAUUAUGUCUGAACAGUACUGAUUCAUCUGCAUUUUCACGAUUCAGUGUUCUAUUAUCAAGCAGCUAAAAAAAUGUGCCAUUAAUUGUCUCAGCAAACAUUAUCUGUGAUUGACUAAAUGUUUAACUAUGUGAAAAUUCGAGAAAACCUCUCUUUAAGUGCAAUCACUGGAUACCAGAGAUCAAGAUCAAGAUCUCGCUUCAGCAAACAGACUAUUUUAUAAGUAUGGAGGAAAUUUUAUAAAUCAGACUUUCUAUAAAAUGGAUGUAUUGCAGAAACGUUUCUCCUGUAAAGCCAACUGAACGACAAGUCAUUCCUCAGGUGUGAAUUGCCACGGGCUUUGUGAGUGUUCCAGAAUGUGCAGACAAAAGAAUUUAAUGUAAUCGAACCGUAAUUAUGCAGUGCAGUCUUUUUGUUGCAGAAUUCGGGCGUGUUCAAAGGAAUAAAUCAAUAACUUCCUACAAGGUCUUUCUUCAGUUUAAUUGAGUUCUGUACUGAAUGCCAAAAACUUCAACCCAGCACAAGCAGCCAUUCAAACAAGGUUUGUCAUGUUCUUUGAAAAAUGUCCUUCGGGUGUCGCAGUGUUUCCCAUUAGAAUCUUGGUAAUAUUGACAUAAAUAAUAAAUAGUAGUGCCAUGG